UAGCUGGGAUAGACAGAGAGAGAUCACGAACAAAGUUAUUUUAGCCUAGGCCUACUCCUCAUUCAUUUAGCCGGAAAGUACCGUUUCAAUGUGGGAAUGUUAGAAAGACAUGGGGCUAGAAAAGGUUCAUAUAUCUGAAUUCAGGGUUAAAGGAUUCGUUAUAAUCCGAGAUUAUGUAUUUCUCCCAUCGGAAUACACUGGACCUCUAGAUUGAAUCCUAAGGGGUGUGGCAGAUGAACCGUCUCUGACAUCAUGAUUCCCAAAACUCCAUGCGUGUUGGGAUUUUUUCUUACAAACCGGAACAUGCGAAAAUAGGCUAGUAGCCUACUCGGAACGCAUACAAAAUGACGGUAGUGACUAGGCCUACCACUACAGUCUAUUAAGUUCAAGUAGCCUAAGAAAGUUGCGUUAAUCGUCCAUUGUCCAGUCCAGAUAGAGACGGGACAUCAUGUAGCCUAAUAGGGAGCAUUUCAUUUCGAAUAGCUUGGCUGACAAACAGUCGACUGAGAGCAGUGCAGACUCUGCCGACGAUUCAUCUCGAAUACUAUAUGAAAACGUGAUCUGCACCAAAAGCCUUCUCACAAUGAUUGGUAUAGAGAGAUGUCAGAUCAUAGUUGCCCUUGCCCCCUUCAUUCUCUUAAUCCUGGGGUCGAUGCACCUGCACGACUGUCCCAAGGAACCCAUGGUCCCCAUCUCUCUCAUUGUGGGAUCGACAUUCGUUAUGGUCAUACAGCUUGUUGUACUGUGUGGUUGUAUUCAGCUGUGUGUCAUCCCAGUUCUUCUGAUCCUCAUCUUCCUAUUCUGCUGGUUGAUUGCAGGUAGUGUAUUCAUCUACAGAGCAUUUCAGCCCAACUAUGAGUCCAGACGCUCCCAGGAAUAUUGUGAGAAGACUCUCUACCAGGCUGCAUUCUGGUGCACUAACAUAGCGUGGGUCAGCAUGGGGGUUUUGGGGAUUUCCAAGAUGUGCCUUUUCAUGUUAAGGAGAUGUGUUUCUGAAGGGGAAAGUGACUGUGAAGAGGGAGGUGACACUGAAAAGGGAGAUGACACUGAAAAGGGAGGUGACAUUGAAAAGGGAGGUGACACUGAAAAGGGAGACGAUGGUGAUAAAGGAGGUGACUUUGAAAAGGGAAGUGACUUGGAAAGGGGAGGUGACCUUGAGAGAGGUGACACUAAAAAGGGAGGUGACGAUGAAAAAGGAGGUGACUUUGAAGAGAAAAGUGACACUAAAAUGGGGGGUGACAGUGAAAAAGGAGGUGACUUUGAAGAGAGAGGUGACACUAAAAAGGGGGGUGACAGUGAAAAAGCAGGUGACUUUGAAGAGAAAAGUGACACUAAAAUGGGGGGUGACAGUGAAAAAGGAGGUGAGAUUUAAAUGGGGAGGUGACGAAUGCAAUGCAACACCAAACCAACACCUAGCCUGAAAACACUAAAUGAAAUCUACAUCACAGCAUUAGAGCAACAUCAUUGUAUCAUGUGGACAGCCAAGGUUCUAAAUUGCUUGUUUUUUUUUUCUCAUAAUAUCUGUUUCAUUUAGCAGAGAAUACGUUUACUUCUCUUCUGUGUGACGCAUGAAGUCGCAUACUACUUGAUGUUAGUAUUGGUUUUGGAAAAACUUUUGUUAUUCAGCCGUAAAGUGAGUAACUAGGUUAUGACGCCAGUCACAACCAAAAACUAGAAAAGGUUCAUAUAAAGGCUCAAAUCUAACGUUAUUUGUUAUGAAAGUGACACCAAAAUGAAUGGCGGUCAAUGGAAAACUAGCUUGAAGUGGUCAACUUCUAUCCUCAGAGCUGUCCAUAGUGGCUACGCUCGCCUACCCCCUUGCUCUACAACAGUCCCCCUGCCAGCUCCUCCAACCCAGUAUUGCAAGGAUUUGUUGUACGGUCACGUUUGGUUAAUCUAUUAUUCGUGCUGGGGUUGGAAGAGUUGGUAAGUGUUCUUAACAAUCUUCUGUGAUAAACUCCGGGUUCGCAAACUGUGCUGUUAGUGCUUUGUUUUAUAUGUAGGGACUUUGAGCAAGCUACUGACAAGGUUUGUUAUAAUGCAGAAAAAGACCCUGGGGCUUUUUUCAGCUAGUGUUUCUCUUAGUAGUGGAUGUAGUGGUGGAAGUCUCCCUGUGCAUCUCUGUGUGUACAGUAACACAGUCUGUACCCACCAUUAGCUUGUCUUAACCUACAGUACAGUUCAUUGAGGUGGGCAGUUCCAACUAGUCUAUAGCACCCAGAAGUGACAAUCUUGCCGUUUUGUCUAGGAAAUGGUCGGUAUCACUGCCUCCAAUGUACACAGGGUAUAUCAUCAAUAUUGCUGCCAACGAUAGUUAACGUUUACAGGUGUUCAUUUUAAAUACCAUAGACAUACAGUAUACCGGAACAAGCCUUCUUAGCCUGUAGUGAUCCAAAAGCAAAGGACACUGCCUUGAAGUGUGCUCUUAUAUUACAGUAUCAUACAGCACUGUGCUUACAGUAUAUUAUUCCACUGGCCUCACAGACCUCUUACCUCCAAAAACGGUUUGUUACCUCUUAAUAGUCCUUCUUGCACUAUGAGACAUGCUGCAUCUCUACAAGAACAAACCGUGUUUACUCAUAAAGGUUCCCUACUAGUACUGUCUAUGACAGACUUAACAGCCACUGCACUGCACAGAGCAGCAACAAGACACAUUGUAGCUUUGGCAGGGGUGCUGAGCGAGCAGCCCGGCCUGCUUGUGUUUUUUCAACGCCAUUAUUGGAUCAGGGGAGCAGGAAAUGUAGUGGAUCACCCAUUUUGGACACCGCAGUGGGUCAGCUCCCUCGUCCCAUUAAAGCAACACUAAACCAUUUUUCCUGUCGCACAAACGCUAUUUGUUUAUCCAGUAAAUAACGAUGUCCACAGACAAGGUAGAAUAUGUUGCAUGAUUUUAUGAAAGUAUGAUGUAUAGCGACAUUGAAGCAAGUCAAAAUUGUAGUUUCUUUUGUCUCAUUCCAUCGUACUACAGAACCGCUACCCGAUCUGGUAAACUUAUAUAGUGCGGUUAUAGCCCAUAGAGAGCCGCAAAGCGAAUGCAGAAGUGCCAUUCACCCUGUUACAAGUUGAUGCACUGAAAUGAUUUUGGGAACAUUAUUUUAAGGUACAAAAAUCUCUUUAGUGUUGCUUUAAUGUCACCCCUUGCCCUCUUGCCAAAACAGAGAGAGCCUUUCCUGUCAGGCCAGUGCAAAAUUUGCUAGCUGGUACAUUGGCCUUGAACAAAUUCUCAACUGUUGAGGCCUGUUCCUGCUACAUGGUCCAAGUAUUGCUGGCAGUGUAACGCACUUCUCGCUCACUCCCACAUCCCUUCUGCGACCCGUUUGCUGGUAUGACUGCACACAGUAAUAAAACAUUUCCUACCUCUCAGUAACAACAUGUAAAAGACACCGGGAGUGACUUAUUAUACAGGGAAAAAAAAUGAAAACCAAUGUAACCAGCUGUAAAACAAUUUCACCACUGGGUUGUGCCUAAGCUUUACUGCUGACAUUAUCUUUGUUUUCUGUGCAUGUGCUUUCAGGGUUUGUUUUUUUACAUCAGUGAAAUCUAAUAUCACAUUUAUUUUCCUUAUUGUUAUCGUUACUGCAAUUUGUACUGCCUUGUUGCCAUUUAUUCAGUAAUAACCACUACAGUAUAUGUGUGCCAAUAGAACCACUGCUGUACUUAUAAAUAAAUCUGACUUGGAACCACAUCCCUUACUGGAAGUAGUCUCCCAUCUGUUCUUGUCUCUCUAUAACUGACUAUUAUGGUAAGAUUAGAAAGUGUUUGU